GAGACCAUGGAGUCCCCUUCUCUACUUCUGUGCAAAGGGCUCCUGCUCACAGCCUCCCUCUUGACCUGCUGGAAUGCACCUACUACUGCCCAGCUCACUAUUGAAUUAGUGCCUCCCAUGGUGGCUGAAGGCGGAAACUCCGUUCUGUUUGUGCACAAAAUGCCGCUGAACGUCCAGGCAUUUUACUGGUACAAACAGAAAGAUCCGGCGAAGAGCUAUGAAGUUGCCCGGUACUUAACACCCGAUAACACAACUUCGAAGAUGCCUCAACACAGCGGCAGGCAAACGGUGUUCUACAGUGGAUCCCUGCUGAUCAGAAACGUCACCCAGGCUGACAGUGGAUUCUACACCUUACUAACAUUUAACACAGAAAUGGAAAGCGAACUAACACACGUGUAUCUGGAAGUCCAUAAGCCUGUGACACAGCCCAUACUCCAAGCAGACAACACCACAGUAACAGAAGAUGGUUCCCUGGCCCUCACCUGCCUCUCAGAAGACCCUGGACUCUCCAUCCGCUGGUUUUUCAAUCACCAGAGCCUGUAUUUCAAUGGCAGGAUGACGCUGUCCCAGAAAAACAGCCGACUCAUCAUAGAUCCGGUCAGGAGGGAGGAUGCUGGAGAGUAUCAGUGUGAGGUCUCCAAUGGGUACAGUUCUAAGACGAGUCUCCCAAUCCAAAUGUCUGUGACCAGUGAGUGACCUCUCCUCUCUCCAGGCACCACACUGGGGGUGGGUGGGGAAUUUCUUCGUCAAUGAUGUGGAAAAUGGAGAACCGUACCAGGGGGGAAAAUCAUCAGCGAAGACAGCAAGACAGCCAGCGUGAGGACACAGACCUGGAACCCCAGGUUAGACAUGAGUCAGGAGGAAUGUGAGUACAAGGUUAGGUUAACCGGCUGGGGUUACAAAGAGACACACAAUCUCAAAUAAAAUAAAAUAAAAUCCAAUAGAGUAAGCAAAACUGCAAAGGGAUUAACUAAGGGCUUAGGUUCUGAGUCAAGUAUGGCUAAUCCUAGAAAACCAUGGGGAACUGAUUUCAGGAGCCCCUCAGACUUCUGGAUAUUCUGAAUCCCCUGUUAAAAAUGGUGCAGUGCUUACAUAGAAGCAAACCUAUCCUCCCAUGAGCUCAAAUCAUUUCUGAUUCCUAACACCA